AUGUUUUGUCAAUCUUUUAUUCUGUCAUCGCUCCUUGCCUUGCUGAGUGUCCUCCGAGCAGCCGUUCCCUCCGACAAUUCCACUUCAGCAUGCGUGAACUCUCCUUCAACACGAUCAUGCUGGAGUGAAGGAUUUGAGAUCUCAACUGAUUACUACGAAUCGGUGCCCGACACUGGUGUCACUCGAGAGUACUGGUUCAAUAUCGAGAAUGGCACCGCCUCUCCAGACGGCAUUGAGAUUCCUGUAAUGACCGUCAAUGGUUCUCUUCCAGGUCCAACCAUCAUCGCUGACUGGGGCGACUGGGUCGUCGUGCAUGUAACCAAUGCACUUCAGAACAACGGAACUUCUAUUCAUUUCCACGGCAUCAGACAGAACUACACCAACUACAACGAUGGCGUUCCCAGUGUAACUCAGUGUCCGAUCGCCCCCGGAGACAGUUUCACUUAUAAGUGGCGCGCAACCCAAUAUGGAUCCUCCUGGUACCACUCGCAUUUCUACGUGCAAUUGUGGGACGGACUAUUUGGUGGUAUACUGAUCAACGGCCCCGCCACUGCGAACUACGAUGUUGAUCUCGGUAACUUGCUUUUGAAUGACUGGUACCACGAUACUGCCGACAACCUUGCCCUGCAGGCGUCCAUCUCUGGACCCCCGACGGCUGCCAACGGCCUUAUGAAUGGAACAAAUGUGUACAACGAGACGGGCUCUCGCUUUGAGACCGCCUUCGAGGCCGGGAAGAGGUACCGCCUGCGACUUGUGAACACAGGAGCAGAUAACCACAUGAAGUUUAUGAUCGACAACCACACUCUUGAGGUCAUUUCUACGGACUUUGUGCCUAUCGCAAAGGAGGACACCAGCGGCAACUUCUGGCUCCGAGCUAUCCCGCAAGAGUCAUGCUCUGACAAUGACAGCGCCGACAACAUCAAGGGGAUAAUCAGAUACGGCAACUCGACCGAAGAUCCAACAACAUCUUCGUACGACUAUGACGACUCCUGCAGCGACGAGGAAAUGACCAACCUCGUCCCCUACCUCAGCAAGGCAGCCUCGGACAGCUGGGACGUCGAGGAGUACCAAGACGCCGGCGUCCAGGUGACCGAGAACGCCUUGCUAUGGACCAUGGGCGGGUACUCAUUCCACAAUGAGUGGGACUAUCCCACCGUACUGCAGGCCCUCGAGGGCAACGAUACGUGGACCGAGAAGCAGCGUGUGUUUCAGCUUCCCGAGGCCGACAAGUGGGUUUACAUGGCUAUUUCAUCCGUCUUCGCCGCGGAUCACCCGAUCCACCUGCACGGCCACGACUUCUGGAUCCUAGACCAAGGCUUCGGCACGUGGAACAACCAGACAACCAACCUUGUCCUUGAGAACUCCCCGCGCAGAGAUGUUGCGAUGCUGCCGGCGAGCGGUCACUUGGUCAUUGCCUUCAAGACCGAUAACCCCGGCGCCUGGCUCCUGCAUUGCCACAUUGCGUGGCACACGUCUGGGGGCCUUGCCGUCCAGUUCCUGGAGCGAGAGUCUGAGAUGGUGAGCACCGCUGGUGUUCUGGACAGCGAUGUGAUCAACGGCACGUGUGCCAACUGGAGUGCAUAUGCCACUCCAGCUGAGAUUGACCAAUUUGACAGUGGAGUGUGA